UGGGUCACGCGGAGCCCCGGCGCCCGGCGGCUGGCCGCUGUCACCAUGGCGUGAGGCGGGUGUUUACGGUGGACGAUCAGCCGCCGGCCGUCUGAUCCGGCGACUGGUGGUAUCAGAGCGCUGCCGUAGCACGCGCUGCCGGCCGUCGCUCACCGCCGACCCGUCGGUCCGUCCCGCUGAGGUGACGGACGGGUUGCCGCCAUGGAGCACGGCACCGUGGAGGAGUGUCUGGAGGAGUGGGACUCGCUCACCGAGGAGUACAAGGCGCUAGAGGCGGUGCACAAAGAGUACCUGGAUCGGCUACAGGAGGUGAACAAGCUACAGGCGAAAUGUCUGAAGAACAUCAACCACCAGCGCUACAGACUGGGCAUCAUCAACAAAUCCACAAAACGGUUCAGCUCCAGUGCCAAUGACCCGGAGGUUCAGAUAAAAGCGCAGGACCUGAGCAAGGACCUGAUCCGGCGGAAGGCGCAGCUGUAUCAGAUGGAGAACUUCCUGCCGCGCGAGAACGACGUCUACCUCAAGGUCAUCCUCGGCAGCGUCAACGUGUCCAUACUCAACAAAAACGACAGGUUCAAGUACAAGGACGAGUACGAGAAGUUCAAACUGGUCCUGAACGCCAUCUCAAUGGCGAUAGCCGUGACGAGUCUGUUCUUCCAAAACAGGAUCCUGGACCUGGUGUUCAUGUUCAUGCUGGUGUGGUACUACUGCACCCUGACGAUCCGCGAGUCGAUUCUGCGGGUGAACGGCUCGCGCAUCAAGGGCUGGUACCGGGCGCACCACUUCAUCUCCUGCGUCCUCUCGGGCAUCCUGCUCGUCUGGCCAGUCGGCGAGGUCUACCACAUGUUCAGGAUGCAGUUCAACAUAUUCAACGUCUAUAUAUCCUCCGUACAGUAUCUGCAGUUCAUGUACCAGCGCGGCUGCCUGUACCGGCUCAAGGCGCUCGGCGAGCGACGCGACAUGGACAUCACCAUCGAGGGCUUCCACUCGUGGAUGUGGAAGGGCCUGACGUUCCUGCUGCCGUUCCUCUACGUGGGAUACGUGUUUGAGUUCUACAACGCCUACGCGCUGUACCAGCUCAGCCUUCACCCGGAGGCCACAUGGCAGGUGUGGGCGCUGAGCGUACUGUUCCUGGUGCUGGCCGUCGGAAACACCAUCACCACGUCGCUGGUGAUCCGGCAGAAGAUCAAGGAGGACUGGAAGCUCAAGUACCGCUUCACCAGGCUCGACAAGCACGUGUGGACGCACAAGAGCCGCAGCCGCGCCGUCUCCCUGUCAGCAGCCGACGCCGGUGACCGCGGCCGGACAAAAGACCAGCUGGGCAGCCGCGACUCUGCCGAGUCUCUGGCCAGCACCCAGUCGGAGGAGGGACCCUCUGAGACGGCCAAGAAGGACGACUAGAUCGGCCGCUCGGCCCCGCGCCCCACAGAGGCUGUCGCGCCGGUCUGGCGACUCCGGCGCGUGUGCAAUGUGCAUCCGACCCAGCUGUGACUUAGUCAAUGUGUUAUGCGAUGGUGGCUGUCGCUAGGGGGGGGGGGAGGGGCAGAACUGUUAUAGUGUACUUUCGAUGUAACACCAAAUUUAGGUGGACCUCCUCAAGGAAAUAAAGUAUUUGCAUGGUGGCAA